AUGGCCAUAACCACCAGCGAAAGCCUUCUCGGUUUUCGUGACAUACCUGCAGGCACUCAUUUUCUGUGGGUUCAGCAACCCGGUGCCACAUCCCGAAACGGGUAUUGGUAUGUCACCCAGGAGCAUAACAGCCGAGUGCGCGUGAAGCAAUGGGAUCAGUACAACGAGGUCCUCUCCAGCCUGCCAAACCAGGCCGAGGAACGACACCAGGCCGAAAGGCUCGAGUCCAUAUACCCUAAGCUAAAGCCGUACGACAUGCGCGGUGGUUCCAAGAGGAGGUCUGCCAGAGCCUCGCAGCCCAUGCCGUUCUCCAUCGCUGGCCGGAACGAGCCAUCAUUCAUCACAGACCCAGCCAAGAUGUGGCAGCAGCUAACCCACGCCAUAUCCGAGCCAUUCCUAACUCGAAUCACUGGCAUCAAGUCAGUCGACGCCUGGCUCGUCGACUCCGCCGACUGUGCUGCUGGAGAAUCAUACCGAGCCCAAUACAAGUCGGUGCAGUCCAGCGAGUUCAACUUCCUCUUUGCCCAAGACUUUAAGGAUUUAGAGCUUCUCGACUCUGACCCGACUAGACGAGACGUGGUCGAGGACACCACGGAUCGAGUUCUGGCUCUUCUUCGGAGCACCGACUCCAAUUUUGACCCGUGUGAGAUCAUCGCCGAGCUUCAGUUCACGUUCUUGACAGGCACUCAUCUGGGCAACCACGCUUGCAUGGAGCAGUGGUGGGAUCUUGUGCUCAAGAUCAUCGUGCGCGCGUACCGCCUGGUUCUCUUUUACCCGGUCCUCACUAUUGAACUCAUUAGGACGCUGCAUGCGCAGAUUAUCUAUACGGAGGAAAAUGUCGAGUCUACCUCGGAGGAAGAACAAGAGAAGGGCCGCAGUGAGCAUACCAUCGGGCCGUGCCCGGACAGACCCAUUUACCAGUUCAAUCUCCAAAAUCGGCGAAGGUUGAGAACUGCACUGGCUAAGUACGCCAGGAAGCUUGAGGAGGUAUUGAAUGGGCUGGGCGAUGCGGUGACCAUGGAGCAGUCGACAGCGAGGGCUAUUUUCGGCGAACUCGAGUCAUGGCUGUUUACCCGCGGAUGGGACCUGGGGUCCAAAAAUGCGAAGGUUGAGGAAACCAAACAGCGGGAUGAGAUAGGCGAGGAUGAUGACGAUGAUGACGAUAUGCCGGUUGUGGUGGAUCUGGAUGAGCAUGGAAGGGAGGUUGGAUUGGUUUCAUUCAAUGACUGAGGAGAUGAAGUACGGUUGGGUUGUUAUCCACAACACGGACAAGAGAUUGCUCGCAUAGCAUAAACUUGUGAGUUAAGAGUGAUGACAUGUGAAAGAAACACUAUAACGUGC